AUGGCGCAACAAUUCCUUGCCGACCGUAAUGGCUGGCUAUCAUUUCGCAGCAGCACACCUAUGCUGUACAUCACGUCUGAAGACCAGGAGUUCGAUAUUGAGACUAUGAAGGCAUGGCGGGACGAAGGCUUCAUCGUGGAAUAUAUUCCCAUGGGCAAAGGCGGAAAGCAGUACGUACAGACGCUCUAUAAGUUGGGCGACGGUAUGGGCAUUGGGGAGCGGUACGCGAUCGUAGCCUUUGGGGAUGCAGCAGCGGUAUGCCUCGACGUCUUCUCCGAGCCCAAAACCGCAACCUCCAAACUCUGUUCUCUGAUCGCUUAUUACCCAACCUCCAUUCCCGAUACCCGACAUCGCUUUACGUCAUCCUUUCGAGUACUCGUACAUCUUCCGGAAGGACUGCCUGGUAACGAAUCUACCGUUGGCGUGGUACGUCGGCCAGAAGUCCUUGGUAUACAGGGUAAGCGGAAAACGGUACAAAAGCGUGUUACACCGGGCAUUGGCGCAGGCGGACUGCAAGAUAAAAUCGUAUAUCCAUGCUUCACCUACGAGGGUGUAGAAGCCGGAUUUGCCGAGCACGAUUUGGACGAGUAUGAUGCAGUCGCCGAUGCGCUGGCUUGGAGCAGGAGUUUGAGCACAGUCAGGAAGGGUUUCAGUGCUGAAGUUGAUUUGGAGAGAGUUUGGGAGGAAAACGAAGAGCAAAAAUACCGCGGCAAAUCCGUCGAUAAACUGCUCGACACCUACACCAAAGCACCUACACCCUUUAUAAACUUCACUCCCACCAUGACAGGUGCCUCAGGUCUUCCCGACCUAAAACGCUUCUACCGCGACUACUUCCUCAAAACCUCGCCGCCUUCACUCCACAUGCGCCUCAUCUCACGCACCACUGGUGCCGAUCGCGUAGUAGACGAGCUCUACAUCAACUUCAAACACACGUGCCAGAUGCACUGGAUUCUUCCAGGUGUGCCCCCAACAAACCAGAAAGUUGAAAUCGUUGUGGUAAGCAUCGUGGGGUUCAGAGCGGGCAAAGUGUGGAGUGAAAGGGUCUACUGGGAUCAGGCUAGUGUGCUGUUCCAAGUCGGCUUGUUGGAUCCGGAGGAGGUGCCGGAGCAAUUCAAACGGAAGGAAGGUGAUGAUGAAGGAGACGGUUUGGAAAUGCUGCCUGUCAGUGGGAGCGAGGCUGCGAGGAAGGUCAUGGACGUUGAGAGUGAGGAAUUUAAUGAUAUGAUUGAUGACUGGUAA